UCGGGCGCCGCCAUGACAGGCUGGGGCCGGAAGGAAAGGUCGGGCGCCGCCAUGACGGGUCGAGACUAAACGGAACGAGCUGCUCGUCCUCUCUGCGACCGGAAAAGCGAGGCUGAGAGAGGUAGGCAGGGCGCCGCCAUGACAACCAGGCACCGGAAGGGGCGGGGCGCUCCGUCCUGACUGAUCCCACGCCGGCACCUGCCUCGAGAUGCAGGCGGCCCUGGAGGUCACUGCUCGCUACUGUGGCCGGGAGCUGGAGCAGUAUGGCCAGUGUGUGGCAGCCAAGCCUGAGUCAUGGCAGCGAGACUGCCACCACCUUAAGAUGAGCAUUGCUCGGUGCACAUCCUCCCACCCAAUCAUCCGCCAGAUCCGCCAGGCCUGUGCUGAGCCUUUUGAGGCCUUCGAAGAGUGUCUUCGGCAGAAUGAGGCAGCUGUCGGCAAUUGUGCGGAACACGUGCGCCGCUUCCUGCAGUGUGCUGAGCAGGUGCAGCCACCACACACGCCCACAGCUGUAGAGGCACAGCCGCUUCCUGCCUCCUGAGAACCUGGUUGACUGCAGGAGAACUGGAUAUGAGUGACUAGCCCCUUGAUAUCCCUACCCCCUGCAAAGUGGCCAUUUGGAGUCUUGAGGGCCCUGGCUGCAGACCUGGCUUCCUGGACAUCAGGACUUCAAUAAAUAAAGACUGUGCAAUGAC